AUGAGAUCAGUGUAAAUGAUUCUGAAGACAGUGGUCCCGAUGAAAGUGAUGUUGAAGAUGAUGUCCCUGCUGCUGCCUCCAGUCGUGAUGUCCCUGCUGCUGCCUCCAGUCGUGAUGUUUCUGCUGCUGCCUCCAGUCGUGUUGUUUCUGCUGCUGGCUCCAGUCGUGAUGUUUCUGCUGCUGGCUCCAGUCGUGUUGUUUCUGCUGCUGGCUCCAGUCGUGUUGUUUCUGCUGCUGGCUCCAGUCGUGUUGCUUCUGCUGCUGGCUCCAGUCGUGUUGCUUCUGCUGCUGCCUCCAGUCGUGUUGUUUCUGCUGCUGCCUCCAGUCGUGUUGUUUCUGCUGCUGCCUCCAGUCAUGCUGCAGAUAUGCAGAUGCCCAUUGGAACGGCUGCUGAAGUUUGUCCAGAGAGUGAGACUGAAAUUGGGAACCCACGGAAAGGUCAAAAAGUGUGCUGGUCAACCUCUGAGGUUACGGCUGUGAUGAAACACUUCAAAUCACCCAUAACUAAAGGAAAACUGGCCACAUUGACUGAAUGCCAGCAGUGUAAGACUGCUGAGGAUCCCAUUUUGGCAAGGCGCACUGCACAAAACAUUCGAGAUUUCGUACGAAAUCGCGGCAUUAGUUUGAAAAGAAAAACCCAAAUUAAGUGAUCGAUCCUUGUUAGUCGAUCAGUAUGCCAAUUAUUUGAAAGUGUAUUCUUGAUUUCUUUGUUGCUUUUCUUGACAGCUUCUAGAGUUUAUCUUCGUAAUAGUUCACCCAAAAGGGGAAAAUCUGUCAUUUACUCACCCUGUUGUCAUUUACCCUGUAUGGCUUCCUUUCUUCUGGAGAAGGCAAAGGAAGAUAUUUAGAAGAAUAUUUAAACAACGGCAGUACUUGUUAACUUGCAUUGGUUUUGUGUUCAUUCAAUAGAGGUAAAGAGAUUAAUUUUCCAUUUUUUCUUCAGUUACUAACAUUCUACAGAAUAUAUUCCUUUGUGUUCUGCAGAAGAAAGUCUGACAUACAGAGUUAAAAUGGUGACAAAAUUUCCAUUUUUGGGUGAACUGUCCUUUUACAGUUUUUUGAAACUAUGGUGAAUUUACGUUUAGUGAGGGCAUUUAUGUUUCAGUGCUUUGUCAUCUUCUCAGCGUGCCUUGUUUUCAGUGGGCUAUUUUGUUUAGAUUACAGUUUUACUCUAUAUGGCUUUUGUUGCAACCUUCAGGCGUUUACU